AUGGAUUCCACACAGCAGCUGAAUAAGCCGCAUCGUGGCAAUGAUGGCAAAAAGGCCACAGCCAAAAAGAAGCUCCAUCAAAAUGGGCAUAACGCAAAAGCAUUUGCCGUGGCUGCACCAAAGAAGCUUGAAAGACAAGCUAGAAGAUCUCAUGAUGUCAAUGAAAAACGACUCCAUGUUCCCAUGGUGGACAGAACACCGGACGAUGAUCCCCCUCCAGUGAUUGUGGCCAUUGUUGGACCUCCAGGAACAGGAAAGACCACUUUGAUCAAGUCGCUUAUCAAGAAAUUGACCAAGUCCACCAUCACUGAAGUUAAAGGUCCCAUCACAGUAGUCAGCGGUAAGCGCAGAAGACUCACAUUCAUUGAAGUCAACAACGACUUGAACUCCAUGGUGGAUGCCGCCAAAAUCGCCGACUUGGUGCUUUUGCUCAUGGACGGAAACUUUGGUUUGGAGAUGGAAACCAUGGAAUUCUUGAACAUCGCCCAGCACCAUGGUAUGCCUCGUGUGUUGGGAGUCGCCACACAUUUGGACUUGUUUAAGAGUCAGAGCACCUUGAGAACGUCCAAGAAGAGAUUGAAGCAUCGUUUCUGGACCGAAGUGUACCAGGGUGCCAAGUUGUUCUACCUUUCUGGUGUUCUCAAUGGAAGAUACCCAGACCGAGAGAUUCUCAACUUGUGCCGGUUCAUCUCGGUGAUGAAGUUCCGUCCUUUAAAGUGGCGUAAUGAGCAUCCGUACUUGUUGGCAGACAGAGUCACUGACUUAACUCAUCCUCAAACAAUUGCUGACAAUCCCAAAUGCGACCGUAAGGUGGCCAUUUACGGAUACUUGCAUGGAACUCCAUUGCCAGCAGUCAACGCACAUAUGCAUAUUGCCGGAGUGGGCGAUUAUCACGUCCAUGCCGUAGAAAAGUUGCCAGAUCCUUGUCCUACGCCUUAUUUUGAGCAGAAAUUGGACGAGCUCGAGAGAGAAAGAGCCAAGGCUGCCGCUGAGGCCGGAGAAGAGAUAGCCCAGCCCAGAAGAAGAAGAAGAAAGAGACUUGAAGAUAAGCAGAAAAUUAUUUAUGCUCCAAUGUCCGAUGUGGGUGGAGUGUUGGUGGAUAAAGAUGCCGUGUACAUUGAUGUUGGAGACAAACAGUCUUUCGUUCCUGGUGAAGAAAACGGUGAGGGAGAAAAACUUGUUUCUGACUUGCAGGAGGUUCAAAAGACGUUGCAAGAGCGUUUUGCUGAGGGCCCUGGAUUGCAGUUGUUCUCCAACUCGGCCCAAAUUGACCGCGACCAGAGUGCUCUGGAGGAUGAAGAGGAAUUGCAGGGUUUGCUCUCUGAAGAUGAAGAGAGAGAAAAAGAAAAUACCGGAAGGCAAAAGAUGCGUCAGCCUAGAAUCUACGGAAAGGCUGUUCUGGAAGACACUGAGUUCGACAACUUGUCCGAUGUCGAUGGGGAAGAUGAGGACGACUUUGACGAGGAUGCACAGCCAGACAUGGUGAAUAUUGACUUCGGAAGCAAUGCUGACUCUUCGAAGUUAGAGUAUGUGGAGGACUCAUCGUUGUCAUCUGACGAAGAGGAUUACGCCUCUGUUGCAGCCAAACUUAAGGGAUCUGUUCAACGUAAAUGGAACAUCAACAAAUUGUUGUAUUUGGACAAUAUCGAGCCAAGCGAAGUGAUCAGACGGUGGAAGCAACAAACAGUCGAAGAUGACGAAGAAUCUGACAUUGAAGAGGACGACGAGGAUUUCUUCAAGAUGAAGGACAAGUCGCUGGUUUCUGAGGACUUGGAUACGUUUAUUCCACAAUACCCUAGCAUUGAGAAACUUCGAGAGAAGUUUGACUCUUCAAAAGUCGAUGACAGUGAUGACGAGUACGACAAUGGAUAUAAGAUCCUCAAAGAGAGACUUUUGGUUGCUCCAAAACUUACUGAUGAAAACAAGGAAAACGAUGACGGAGCUGACGAAGGCGACGAGGAUGAGGAAUUGUAUGGAGAUUUUGAGGAUUUGGAAGAUGGUGAAGGAGACGACGAUGAUGGAGAUGGCGGAGAUGAAAAUGGAGACGAAGACAACGGGGAUGACUUUGCAGAUUUUGAUGCAGAGGAGCAAGAUGACGGCGAAAUAGACGACAAAAACCUCACAACUUACGAGAAGAGAGAACUCAACGCUGCCAAAAAAGCUAAGCUCAAGAUGCAGUUUGAAGACGAAGAAGACAGAGAGUUUGGCGCAGAUGACCCAGAAGGAGACACAGAGGCAGACACCUGGUACGAGUUCCAGAAGAACAAAAUGGCCAAGCAGUUGGAAAUCAACAAGGCUGAGUUCGACGAAAUGGACCCCGAGACCAGACUCAAGGUCGAGGGAUUCCGUGCUGGCUCAUACGUCAAAAUUGUGUUCGAGAAGCUCCCUUGUGAAUUCAUUGAGAACUUGCAACCCGAGUAUCCUAUUGUGUUGGGAGGUCUUCUUGCUACUGAGUCGAGAUUUGGAAUCAUGAAUGUAAGAAUCAGAAGACAUCGUUGGCACAAGAAAAUCUUGAAGUCUCAGGAUCCAUUGAUCUUGUCACUUGGAUGGAGAAGAUUCCAAACCAUCCCCAUCUACACUACCACGGAUUCCCGUACCCGUAACAGAAUGUUGAAGUACACUCCAGAACACGCAUAUUGUUUCGCCUCGUUCUACGGACCAUUGGUGGCACCCAACACCACCUUUGUUGGAUUCAACAUUGUGGACCAGACUUCCACAACAGGAUCGUUCCGUAUUGCAGCAACCGGUAUUGUGGAGGACUUAAACUCAUCAGUGGAGAUUGUCAAGAAAUUGAAGUUGGUGGGUCAUCCAUACAAGAUCUUCCGGAACACUGCCUUCAUCAAGGAUAUGUUCACCAACUCAUUGGAGGUGGCUAAGUUUGAGGGGGCGUCCAUCCGAACAGUUUCUGGAAUCCGAGGAGAAAUUAAGAGAGCAUUGUCUAAGCCCGAGGGAUAUUUCCGAGCCUCGUUCGAAGAUAAGAUUCUCAUGUCCGACACGAUUUUCUUGAAGACAUGGUAUCCAGUGAAGGUGAAGAAGUUCUAUAAUCCUGUCACGUCGCUUUUGCUCAACCAGCACCAGGAAUGGAAGGGGAUGAGGCUUACUGGAGCGGUGAGAGCCGAACUUAACAUUGCAACGCCACUCCAGAAAGACAGUGCCUACAAGAAGAUCGAAAGAGAAGAGAGAAAAUUCAAUCCAUUGAAGGUGCCCAAAUCGAUCCAGAAGAACUUGCCUUUCAAGUCGCAGAUCAAACAGAUGAAACCACAGUCCAAGCAGACGUAUUUGGCCAAGAGAGCCGUAGUGGUUGAUGGAGAAGAGAAGAAGAUGAGAGACUUGAUGAACAAGAUCCAUACGCUCAAGAAGGACAAGGAGGCCAAGAGAUUGGCCAAGAAGAAGGAGAAGUUCCAGGACCGGUUGAAGGAGAUUGCCAAGAAGGAGGAGACAAAGAAGGAGAAGGAGAGAGAGAGGAAGAAGGAGUAUUUUUCUCGCGAAGGUAAGAAGAGAAAGUUGGACCAGAGUGAAGGUAAUGCUGCUGCAUUUGGGGCCAAGAGAAGACGUUAG